UGGUUAGUUUCUCCUCCUCCUCUUUAGUCGACUUGUUGGUGUCAUAAGAGGUAAAUGAAGGUGUAAUCGGACUCCAUUAACUGCAGCCUGCACGCCGUGAAUCAGUGCUAAAUAUAGUCAGCAUGUCGGCUGAAGGAGAGUAUGACUGCAUAGUGAUCGGGGCCGGGGUCCAGGGUUCGUUCACGGCCUAUCAGCUGGCAAAGAAGAACCAGAAGACUCUGCUGCUGGAGCAGUUCCUCCUGCCCCACAGUCGAGGGAGCUCCCAUGGCCAGACCCGCAUCAUCCGCAGGGCCUAUGACCAGGACUUCUACACCCACAUGAUGGAGGAGUGCUAUGAGCUGUGGGCUCAGCUGGAGAGGGAGGCGGGUGUCAAACUGUAUAGACAAACAGGACUCCUGGUGAUGGGACCAGAGAACAGUGAGAGUUACCAGCAGUUUAAGGUCACUCUACAGAGGAACAAGACUCCCAUGGUGGUCCUGACCCAUGACAACUUCAGCCAGCACAUCCCCAAUGUCAACCUGGCUCCGGGAGAUGGAGCCUUUGUGGACAUAAGUGCCGGAGUUUUGUUCGCUGACCGUGCACUCAGGACUGUACAGGGGCAGUUUCAGAAGUUGGGUGGGGUCAUAAGAGACAACGAGACAGUGACCAACAUCAAGCCCGGCCCUGUGGUCACAGUGUCAACCUCUGCUGGUGUUUAUCGAGCCAAGAGUCUGGUGAUCACUGCUGGACCCUGGACCAAUAAACUACUAGCCCACACUGGCUUACAGCUUCCACUAGAGGUGGUGAAGAUCAAUGUGUGCUACUGGAAGGAGAAGGUUCUGGGGUCAUACAAUGUAAAGAGACGCUUUCCCUGCUUCUUGCUGACUGAGGGUGAGGAGGCCAAAGAGCACAUCUAUGGCCUCCCGUCCAACGAGUACCCAGGCCUGGUAAAGAUAUGCUACCACAUGGGCAGUGAGACAGAUCCAGACCAGAGAGACAAGCAGACAGACAGGUCUGACAUUGAGAUCCUCGGGCGGUACGUCACCCGCUGUCUUCCUGGCCUGGUCCCUGAACCUGCUGUGGUGGAGAGCUGCAUGUAUACGCUGACACCUGACCGUCACUUUGUGCUGGACUGCCACCCCGCCUACAUCAACAUUGUGAUUGGAGCCGGAUUCUCAGGUCACGGCUUUAAAUUUGGACCAGUCAUUGGCAAGCUUCUGUGUGAACUCAGCCUUGGUGAAAUGCCUUCCAAUGACCUUUCACCUUUCCGCAUCAGGCGCUUCCACGCGAAGACCAAAUCAGCUUUGUAGAGCUGGAUCAGCGGAUCAUCACACAUGAAUCAUAACCUAUGUUGUAUGAUUUUUGAUCAUCAUGGUAAUUUAGCAUUGUUAAACACAAACACAGUGACCAUGUGUCUGAUGUGAUCAGCCGUGUAACACUCAAGAAACCGUCCAGUGUGUUUACAUGCAGUUAAUCAUGCUACAGAGGCAUAGUUUGACAGUUUGGGAAAUAGGGCAUGUCUGUACGCUAAAUAUGAAGCUACAGUUAGGAGACGAUUAGCUUAGCUUAGCAUUUAGACUGGAAGUAGGGAAACCACUAGCUUGGCUAAGUUAAAAGAAAUCUGACAGUCGGAUAUGUUUAAUCCAAAGACAAACAUGAUAGGUUGUAUUUUUCAUGCUGAAACACGACACUCGUUUGUGUAUGGACUGAACAAAGAUGCAUGUAUCACAGUGAAAUGUUUACAUAGCCAGACUAGCUACAGUAUCUCCCCAUGUUCCAGUCUUAUUUAUGCUAAGCUAAGCUAACCACCCAUGAAGCAGUAUAAAUUCUUGGGUAGAAAGCAAAUAAUCCAAAUAAUAAUUUCCCAAAAUGUCGAAUUAUUCCUCCAAAUAUCCUAAUUUCUGCAUUUCUCCUGGAGAAAGCUGAUUUCUUUGCCACAUAAGCUCAAAGUCUGACUAAAAAUUAUGGAAAGAAAACAAAGUGAGCUUUUAACUCACAUAGAUUCACGUUUAAAAAACCUUUCCAUCCUCUCAGUGUAAGACAUUACCACCGUCCUUUACAGUGCUGUGUGUCUAACCCACAUUAUAAAGAUUUGCAUUCAAAUGGAUGACAGGAGAAACAAUCAGCUGUCCAGUUGUCGCCAAAGCAGCACAAAGUUAAUGUAACGAACGAGAAAUAAACUCAUUCUGAGAAUCAGCAUCAACAACCACAUUCUAACAUUGUUGUGUAAUUGUAAAUUCACCCAUCUGUGACAAAUAGUAACCAAAAAAAAAAGUUGUAGUCUUAUUGGCUCAUAUGAUUUCAUGCAUCAGUAAAUCUCUCUCUCACUGUCUUCACAGCGUUCACCAUUUUGCCAGCUAAGUACAUGGUUAAAAAGACAUCAGCCGUUGAGCCAUUUGUCUGUGUGACGCCAGCUGCGUGCUUAGGCUUCAGAGGUGGCCUAUUGCCUGGAUCUAUUUCCCAGUGUACCAGUAAACAUUUUAAUCACUAAUCAGACGGCCUAUUACAAUAGAUGCCAACCAAGGCCAUCAGUGGGAAUGGGAAAAUUAUGCAGCGAAGCGGCAGAGAUCAGUGAGCCAUUUGCUCCCUUGCCUCUAAGUGACUUCAGAUGGAUAGCAAAGGCCCAUUAUGCAAAUUACAAGAAUUAGAAGUACAUUAAACAUGCAAAUGCAAAUAUUCAACCACCAAUAAUCAUCAAGCAGGGCCAACUGAAACACCUCUGUGGUACAAUAUCUCACUUGUAAAAUCCCACAAAGCUUUGAAAAAAAAGCCACUUUGUUUCUGCUGCACAUGAACAAUAUUAAGGGCACAUGCGGGAGACAUCUGAGCAGAGUUUAGUCCGUUCUCUGAGGUGCAUAUCUGGUAAUGGCAUUCAGUUUGUGUAUUGUGUUAUAGCACCAGUCCGGAGUUCAUAUUGUACAUCAGAUGCUAGCAGAGGCAUUGUAGAGGGGAGGAAAUGUGGCACAGAGGAGUCUUUUCUUAGAGC